GCGGGCCCGCAGCGCGGCGCCGGAGAAGGAAGUGGUGUGGUUGUCGCUCCCUGAGUUCGCCGCUGGCUCCCCGUGCGCGGAGUGGGGCUGCGGGUCCUCCGCCGCGUCGCGCUCUCCGGCCCCUACCCUCCAUGUGCCCCGGCGCCGCCGCUUCCCUCCCUCGGGCCGCCGCCUCCUCAGGGUCCUAUGGAAGUGAUGGAAGGACCCCUCAACUUGGCUCAUCAGCAGAGCAGGUGCGCAGACCGGCUGUUAGCUGCGGGGAAGUACGAAGAGGCUAUUUCUUGUCACACAAAGGCUGCAGCAUAUCUUUGUGAAGCCAUGAAGCUGACACAGUCUGAGCAGGCCCGUCUGUCCCUGGAGCUGCAGCGCGACAGCCACAUGAAGCAGCUGCUGCUCAUCCAGGAGCGGUGGAAGAGGGCGCAGCGGGAGGAGCGGCUCAGGGCGCAGCAGAGCGCAGACCGGGAUGCAGUGCCCCCGAAGCCCCCCGCAGAGGACGCCGAGGCCCGCGCCGCCCUUCCCGCUCCGGUGCAUAGCCCCUCGGCUGAGGUGCGCCCCGCUGCAGUCCAGGGCAUCUUUGACAGGGACCCUGACACACUGCUGUACUUACUCCAGCAGAAGAGGGAGCCAGCCGAGCCAUGCAUGGGCAGCAAGGCCCCGAAGGAUGAUAAGACGAUCAUAGAGGAGCAGGCGACCAAGAUUGCAGAGCUGAAGAGACAUGUGGAGUUCCUCGUGGCCGAGAAUGAGAGAUUAAGGAAAGAAAACAAGCAGCUGCGGGCCGAAAAGGCCAGACUUCUGAAGGGGUCCACGGAGAAGGAGCUGGACGUGGACGCUGACUUCGUGGAGAAGUCCGAGCUGUGGAGCUGGCCGCCGCCUGCCGAGAGCGCUGGUGCUGCGCCCGCCUGGCCGAGGUUCGCCACCAGUGGCGGGAAGGCCAAGGACAUCCCCAUCCCCAACCUUCCGCCCUUGGAUUUCCCCACCGCGGAGCUCCCGCUCAUGGAGCUCUCCGAGGACAUCCUGAAGGGGUUUAUGAAUAAUUGACCCGGAGGCGAGUGGCAGCGCAGAAGAGGAAGGAGCUCUCAGCGCAUUUCACCUAGAAAAGGAAAAGGGAAAACCACAGCCGGGGGCAGGCCCUGAACUGGCCGCCUGGCUCCCGAGGGAGCAUGGCGCGCUCAUGCGGGGAGAGCGUCACUGUGAAGCCUCUGCGGGUCUGAGGCUCCGGCACAGCCACGGUCGGAGCUCGGCUUUCUCCUGAUCCAAACCAAAUGGCUACCUGGAAUAAUAUUUUCAAGCAACAAUUAUUUUUUGAAUCUUCAGGGUUUAAAUGUAUAAGAGUAUGUUACAUGUAAUUAAAUCUAUAAUGCCAUAAAUGAUAAUGCAGAACCUAAAUAAUACAGAGGCCAUUGCAGCCGCCCUGUAUUUGGAGUCCGCUCUGUACUGCAUCGCGUAUGCACUUGGUCUGCUGCACGUUUUGUUCAGAGGAGGCGUGAGGUGCACGCCUUCCUGGGCGAAAGUGCGUGCCACACUUGCACUACUCGUGAUGUCACGAUAACCUCAAGACUAUCAGGAGAAAUAUUUAAGUUUCCAUUUUAUGAAGAAAGGAACCAAAUUAUUAGUUAUGCUUUUUAAAAAAAUUUACAGUUUACAUAAUUAAUCAGGGUGCAUUUUAAGUUCUGUCUGUUAUAUAAUGCAUCAUUUGAAAAUACUAAGGAAAAUAUCCUUUGUUUUUAGUGAUGCGCAAGUGGAAGUAACGCUAGCUGGCGGUAUUUAGUUGUAAGAAAUCAAUAAAGCAAUUGUGUUUA